GUGCAUAUCACUCUCAAGUUUAGCAUCGAUCCCCUCCUUCCCUCCUUCUCCACUAAGCAAAAUCAGUAUAUUAUUGCCUUAAAAAAUUACCACUUAUUCACCAAAGUGCGUACCAAACAAGUAGAGCAAUCAGCAUCAGCUAUAGCAAGAACAAGUGUUACAUAAAAUUGAAAAUGGGAACAGAUUGGGCACCAUCGGUGAUAGCCGUGGGAUUGUUCAUAUUAUUGUCACCAGGACUGUUAUUCCAGCUGCCAUCAAGAACAAGAUUUUGUGAGUUCGGGAAUAUGUAUACCAGUGGGAUAUCAGUACUUGUUCAUGCAAUCUUAUACUUUUGUUUAUUUACCCUUUUAAUUGUCGCCUUUAAUCUUCACAUAUGGUCCGAUUUUACCUUCCCUCCCGUUAAGAUUUAGUAAUUUCUUUUAACUUGUUUUUGGUUUCUGUCAUCAUAUAGUUGUAUACUACUACUACUACUAUUCCAUAGGUACUUGUUGAAGUGUUUAAUUUAAGAUGUUUAUGAAGUUCAUGCAAAAUGGAUUUAGAUACGUAAUGUCCAUUGGCAA